CACUCUCGCACUUAUUUUCUCUUGUGAUUCUCAUGUUUCUCCUCUCCAUUUCUUAACUUUACCGAAAACACAAAUAUUUUAAUAUAAAUAAGGAGGUAAUAGUAAAUGGCAGAUCAAAAUCCAAGAAUCAUCGUCGAGAAAAACCCAUCUCAAGAUCGUCUUGACGAACUGAAGUUCAAGUCAUGGCCCAAGUGGGGAUGUUCACCAGGGAAGUACCAUUUGAAAUAUGAAGCAGAAGAGAUAUGUUACAUUGUGAAGGGUAAAGUUAAGGUUUACCCUAAAUCAUCAUCAUCAACAGCAGCAUCAUCGUCAUCGUCAUCAUUGGAUGCACAAGUAGAUUGGUCUGUAGAGUUUGGAGCAGGUGAUAUCGUCACUUUUCCCAAGGGACUUUCUUGUACUUGGGAUGUAUCUCUCUCCGUUGACAAACAUUACAUAUUCCGCCACAAUUAGUUCUUCACUUCUUUAUUUUGAUUCGUUACUAUUGUUGUAUUUUGUGUUCUUUUUGUUUGGGUGUUUAUAUAGUAAGAAAAUUUAGACCUGUGUGCAUUAACAAUCACAUAAUGA